GCCACCAGCACAUCCCGGCGCAUCACGGCGGGCGGCGCCUCCUCUGCGGCAACCGCGCCUUGCGCAUUGCCGCAGCGCACGCCCCGGUGGCCGCUCGCUGCUUGCCGCGGCCGCACCGCCCUCACGGGCUGUGGGCUGCGCCCGGCUGCCGGCCGACCCUGCACCGCUGCGGGCGCUGCGGCGCGCCCUUUGCUCAGGGCCGGUGUGCAGGCGGCAUGGGAUAAGACGCCGCCAUGGUGCGCCGAGAUCGCCUCCGCAGGAUGAGGGAGUGGUGGGUCCAGGUGGGGCUGUUGGCUGUACCCCUGCUUGCGGCCUAUCUGCACAUCCCGCCCCCCCAGCUUUCCCCUGCUCUUCACUCAUGGAAGUCAUCAGGCAAAUUUUUUACCUAUAAGGGACUGCGUAUCUUCUACCAAGACUCUGUGGGUGUGGUUGGAAGUCCAGAGAUAGUUGUGCUUUUACACGGCUUUCCAACAUCCAGCUAUGACUGGUACAAGAUUUGGGAAGGUCUGACCCUCAGGUUUCAUCGAGUGAUUGCCCUUGAUUUCUUAGGCUUUGGCUUCAGUGACAAACCGAGACCACAUCACUAUUCCAUAUUCGAGCAGGCCAGCAUCGUGGAGGCUCUUUUGCGGCAUCUGGGGCUCCAGAACCGUAGGAUCAACCUGUUGUCUCACGACUAUGGGGAUAUCGUUGCUCAGGAGCUGCUCUAUAGGUUCAAGCAGAAUCGAUCUGGUCGGCUUACCAUCAAGAGUCUCUGUCUGUCGAAUGGAGGUAUAUUUCCUGAGACUCACCGUCCUCUCCUUCUCCAAAAGCUUCUCAAAGAUGGAGGCAUGCUGUCACCCAUCCUCACGCGACUGAUGAACUUCUUCGUAUUCUCUCGAGGUCUCACCCCGGUCUUUGGGCCAUACACUCGACCCUCUGAGAGUGAACUGUGGGACAUGUGGGCAGGGAUACGCAACAAUGACGGGAACUUGGUUAUCGACAGUCUCUUGCAGUACAUCAAUCAAAGGAAGAAGUUUAGAAGACGCUGGGUGGGAGCUCUUGCCUCUGUAUCUAUUCCCAUUCAUUUUAUCUAUGGGCCACUGGAUCCAGUGAAUCCCUAUCCAGAGUUUUUGGAGCUGUACAGCAAUUCGCCAAUUGUGAAAAUGAGCAGAGGAAAAAGAGAAAGAAGAAGUGGUUAAAAUAAAAUUGGAACUAAGUCAACAGUAUACAUACAAAUCAUUCUUGGAACUAUUAAGGAACAUUAUAAUGGUUAGGAUGCAUAGUGCUAUGUGUUCAACUUGAUCACAAUUAAUGGAAUAAAGGGAAAUGGGAGAAAUAUAUAAAAAGAAAUUACCACAGAGAAAUUGGUGAGUGGCUGCCUGAAAAAUUAUCAGACAAUUAUGUCAAAGUGGGUAGAUUCAAGAGAAUAAAUGGUCACAUAGAGAUAAAUUCAUAAAACAAAAUCUGCAGGGAGAGCAGCAGCAGCAGUCCUCGUAACGUUAGGGCUCCUGACACCCUAAGACGAAGAUACAUGCCAUAGGGUGGGGCUGUUUUGAAUACUAAGAGUAGGUCAAGGAGUAAUUUCACACAUUUUCACAUACUGAAUCCAUUUAAAGGCCAGACUGUGAACCAAGCCUGGGUGGUACCAACAAGCAGAGGUUUUUUCUAAGGCUACAAGAUGGAGAAAAAGGAAAUGAGUGGAUAUGCCAUGUUUACAUUGCAUUCUGGAGAGAUGUUAUCAUUUAAGAAAGGCAGCAAUAAAGAUGACAGCUAUCGAUGAUGGUGUGAAACGGGAUCAUGAAAUAGGAUAGGAAAACAGGUUCAAAGUCAGCACAGAGGAAAUGUUAGAAAUUUCAGUGUGUUUGAGGAAAGGGAGGUUGGUUGCAAGAUGAAUGAACAGGUGAAUGAGGUCUCAAACUGGAAUCUUGGCCAGUCUCAUUAACGGGUCAGAUCUGGAGGAAUAUGGAUUCUACGGCUAGGCUGAUACAAAUUCUAGUGAUAAAGGUGGGGGAAAUGGUGGCUAAAUAGUAAUGUUCAACCUAUCCUGCUUUUUUAGCAUUUGAGUAAAAAUUCAGAUUAUGUGCUUAGCUUGGAAGAAUGCAAAGUUUCACCAAGGGUCAUUAAUAUGGAUCCCAGUGAGUGGAUGGAGGUGAGUCAAAGUAAAACAACAGAUAAAUUUUACUUAACUGAAGUUGUGGAUUUAAUUCAGAAUGUCAGGAGUUAAUAUGGCUAAUACUGAACAGCAAAUAAUGGAAUGGAGACAACAGAUUCAGCGAAGAGAUUGGAGUCCAUCAGGAUCCUGUGGUAGCUCAUUAAGAUAAAGGUUUAAGGAAGUGUAGAACUGCAAGAACUGCAGUAUGUAUGUAUAAUAUGAAAGAGUUAUGAAUUGUUAAAUGGGAGGCAGCAUCCCUAAUGAAAAAAAAAAAAGAGAAACUCAUAUACAUGUCCUGUUAAACUUUAUCUUAGUAUGGAUAUUUUCUAUUGAAGGCUAUUUAAAUGAGUUAUCUAAAUUUGUUGAAAUGAGAAAUAAUGAUGCAAUGAGGACUGAAAGUUCAAUAAUAAAAGCAAUAUAGGGAUUAGAAUGGUUCUGAGCAAGUAAUAAAGCAAAAAGGUAGAGUCAUUACAGAGGUCCAAAGUGGGGAAAAAUUUGUAGAAUGUUGCAUAUAUAUGUUGUUACUGGUGUAAUAAACAUUCAGAGGAAGGAAAGUUGCUGGAUGAGAAAGGACACUAAGAAAGCAUGCUGCCUUGAAGACUUUUCUAGAAAUUUUUUAGUAAAGAGUAGUUGUUGGAGGACGCAAGAUAAGUAGGACUAACUAAAUUGAGACUUAUGAUGUUGAUUACUCUUUCCACAAUUUGCCCAAGAUUUCAGCGAAGGAGUUAUGGUAAUAUCUUGAUGUUGAGUUAAAGUAAAUUUUUUCAGAUGGCAUAGAUUUUUUGUACACUUAUAAAGUAAGGAGGAGUGGGAAAGUUUAAAGAUACAGAAAAGGUAAGAACAGUUGAUGGAAUAACUUUCUGAGGAGAUGGGUGGGUGUGUGUCCUUUGAACUGUGAAAGACUUGAUUUUUAAAGAGGGUAAAAGGAGAAAGUGGAUAGUUUCAGAAUUGAAACAAUAAUAGCUUCUAUCUAUUAAGUAUUCACUAUGUGUCUGGGACCACGCUAAUCACGUUAAUUUCAUUUUAUCCUUACAACAAUACUAAAAGGUUUACAGAGAUCAAAUAACUUGUCUAUGAUUACACACUCAGUGUGUUAACAGUCAGAAUUCAAAUCGAAUUUAUCUAUCUCCAAAACCUACAUUACUUUCUAUUCUAUACAGUUUUCAAGUUGAAGGAAAUCACAAUCUAUAGAAUUUCUAUUUUUUUUUCUGUGACUAUAUGGAAAAUAUAUUUUGAGAUGAGACAAGCAGAGGUAAUUGAUGUAUAGAUCUUCAGGUGAUUGGUAAAAUUCAGAAUAUCUGCAAUGGGAAAAUGCUGAAAGGAAGGCAUGUGGAAAAGACUCUUACUACCACCUAUGCCCUGGUAUUUCACUUCUAUUCAUUGCACAGCAAAGACUUUGGAUUGGCCAUGGAUUAAAAAUUUUAGAGUUUCUAACAAAGACUAAAGAAUAGAAAGGAGUUUUUUUUUAAGCAGGUAAAUGAUAGGUAAAAUGUAAAUCGACUACUAACAAAGUUUUAAAAGUCUAAGUGUUGAGACUUCCAUUGGAAGAAUUCCAUUUCUUUUCUCCAAGAUGCAAUCACAAGAGUUUAUAACUAAGUUUUAACACCAGUCAGCAAACCCUUUGAAUUUAACAGAAAAGAAAGAAAAUUCUCCAAAUGACAAAUUUUUAUAGACAAAAUACUAACAACCAUCAAGCAAAAGAGUCCACAGCCAGCAGACCAAAGGUUGAAACCUCUGGGCUAAUUUGUAAGAUCUAUGUUUUAAAAAGAAAUUAACUCUGUAGUAAGGAGGGGUAAGAAAACCUCCCUAUGCUUUCUGUCUUAGUAGAAAUGUUUUCUGUUGUUGUUGUUUUCUCCUAUACUAUAUGUAACUUCUGUAAUUUCAAUAUUGUUGUUUUAUGUAUUUUGAUAUUGUAAAAUUGUAUUUAUUGUAUUCUGUUAGAACCACUCCUUGGGGUGUGAGGCACCUGAGUUAUCAGUUAUCCAGUGAACCUGGGGAAAUGGGAGGGGCUAGUAUUCUCAAUUGGGGAGAGCUUGAUUCUUCAACCAAUGAGUUCAGCAUUUUGCUUCCAAAAUUAAGUGGCGAAGCAAUGGCAUCCCUUAAAAAACAGAAACUUAGUGGGAAGUAAAAUGGGGUUAGAAUUUUGAAAUAUGGAGAGGUGGCUACUGGAAAAAACUGAAAAAGUAUGGCAUAUCCCAGGAUGAUGGCAGAAGCCAUAGGGCUACAUUAAGACUGUGCCCAGAUACUGGUUUAGAAUAAGGGUAAAUAAAACUAGCUUUAUUUACAUAAGAGUACAGCCAGCUUAAUUACUGGCUGGUGGACAUAAGCCAAAUCUAACCAGAGGGAAACAGACCAGGAAAGAAAGUGAAGCUAAAAGAGAAUGGAAUAAGAGAAACCUCAUAAAGGGAUUAAGGAGGUAAUUAAAGGUUAAAGUUGGAUGGCCUAAUGCUCAAAGGAGAAAUAGUGGAGGCCAGAUAGGAAAGUGCCUUCCUACCCAGGGGCUUAUGGAUCCAGGGUGGCCACAACUGCAGGUCCAGCCAGGGCCAGAGGGAACAACCUGGGGUUCAGACCCAGCAAUGGUGCCAACUUGAAUCUACCUCGUGCUAGAGUUGAGUAGCCUGGUCUAUCAUCCAACACAGGUAAGAUUGGGCAGGGGCUCCCAGAACCAACAUCUAAAAAGGGAGUUGGGAGAGGGGCUAAGGGAAGACAGGUUAAGCCCCAAAUGUAACUGAAUGAUGACCAGGGAUAACUAUUUACUAGUGCUUUUACGAUUUCUUGUAACUCUGUAACUUUCCCAAUAUUUGUUAACUUCUAUCUGAUUUUUCCUGUAUUAGUAGUAAAAAUUGUUUUUUCCUGUAUUAGUAGUAAAAAUUGAUUUUUCCUGUACUAGUAAUAAAAAUUGUUCAAAAUGUAAGUGUGACGUGUGUGCUUAUUGCAGUGAAAACUGGGUAGCAGCUGUGAAAACUCUGCAGUGAAUAUGGGAAGAAAAGAACUCAGGUGGGAAAAUGGGGAAAAGAAAUCAAGUACAACAAAU